UCUCCACGGCAACCGCCGAGUGGCGUCUCCACGACCGACCUCUCGCCUGGCGCGCGCUGCUCCGCCACCGUUCGACGCCCCUCCGGCGUCGCGGGACAUGUGACCCUACUCACAAGCGAGCUGUCGCCGAGGUCAGAGAUGGCGCCAAACUCUGAGGAGGAUGGCUCGCGACUUUCCACUGUUCAAGAUGCCGGCUGGAGCCUCGAGGAAGCCAACAAGGAGCAGCUUCGGCCGCCGGUGUACAACCCGGAGGACUACGCGGCGGCGCUGCGCAAGUGGGGGCGCCGCGGCACGGGGGGCGCAGCGUCCGCCAUGCCUGGCGUCGCGGCGCUGGCGGCGGACGGGGGUUCCCCGCGCGACCACCACCGCCGGCACGGCCACGGCCACGCGACCUCGCAGCACCAGCAGCCGCCGCAGCAGCAGCCAGAGAUGAGCCUGCGCCAGUUCAGCAGCGCCUCGGAGCUGCUGGCCAAGCUCAGGGCCGACCUCCGGCUCGCUUACCCUAGCUUCGUGCAGGAGUUCAUCGGCGACCCGCUGGACGGCGUGACGCUGCUGCUGGAGCUGCUGCGCGCCGUGCAGCAGCCGGCGCCGGGGCAGGGCGGCGGCGCGGGGGCGGGCGCCGGGGGCGGCGGGGGCGGCGCCGGGGGCGGGCGGCGCGCGCUGCUGGACGAGCUGGCGUGCCUGCAGUGCCUGCACGCGUGCCUGCGACUGCCCGACGCCGCGCGCCGCCUCGCCAGGUCGCCCGCCGGCCUCUACACGCUCGCCGUCUGCGUCAUGAGCAACGCCACAAAGUCCAGGGUCAUCGCGCUACAGCUGCUGACGCGCGCCUGCGAGCCGCCGGGCUGCGGCCACGCGGCCGUGUCCGAGGCGCUGUCGACGCUGCGGCUGCGGCUGGCGGAGCCGGUGCGCUUCCGCCUGCUGGCGGGGAUGCUGGGCAGCGCCGGCGGCUGCCCCGACCUGCCCGCCGCCGGCCUGCGCUUCCUCAACACCCUGCUGGAGACGGCGCCCGGCGAGCAGGCGCGCCUCUACCUGCUCGCGGAGCUCCGCCAGGCCGGCUUCCAGCCACACGCGCUCGCCCAGGUACUGCCCGCGGGCUCGGCGGCGGCGCAGCAGCUGCAGGCGGAGCUGUCGCGCUGGCAGCGUAACCAGGUGGACGUGGCGCAGCUGCGCGCCCGGGCCGCCGCCGCCGAGGCAGAGUCGCGCGCGCUGCGCGAGCAGGUCGCCAUCCUCGAGCAGCGGGUACAGAUUCUGCAAGAGGAGAAAGGGGUGCUCGUGUCACUGGAGAGGUGCCUGAAAGACCGCUGUUCGGAACUGGAGGCGACAGUUAAGAGGCAGCAGCAGCAGCAGCAGCAACAUCAACAGCAGCGCCAACAGCAGAAACAGACGGACGCGGGGGGCGGCGGCUCGACUCCCGCCGAGGACGAGGGCAUCAGCUCCUCCGACCAGGAGCACUCGCUGGAGGAGCGCGAGCCCAUGGUGUACGAGCUCUUCCACGUGCACAACGACACCAUCCUCAUGCAGGAGACCAGCGUCGACGACGGCCCCGAGCCCGGCGAAGCCGAGGGCUGCGUCGUCGGUGGCGGCGCUGGCGGCGGCGGCGUAGUCGGAGGCGGAGCCGCGGCCGACGAGGACGAAGAGACGACCAUCGACGAGGUGAUCGAGGAGCUGCGCAACAUCAUCAACGACGCGGAGACGGAGGCGUACGCGGCCGAGGCGGCGGCGGUAGCGAAGACAGGCAAGCGCAAGGAGGAGCCGCUGCUGAUCGCGGAGGAGAGGCCGCCCGCCGUGGGCUUCACGGUGCGCAUCCAGGCGCUGGAGCGCGAGGCGGAGAUCGUGCCGGCCAGACUGCUGCCGCAGCCGCCGCGCCGCGCCCGCAGCCUGGUGCAGCUGGCGCCGCGCGCGCACGCGCACUACGUCUCCUCCAGCGCCGCCAAGAGCGCCUCUUUCUUCUUCGACGACGAGGACGACGACGAGGAGUCGCCCGUGCACUCCAGCGAGGAGGAGGACUCCGACUCCCUGCUCAGCAGCGCCGCCAGGGACCACUGCGGCACAAAGAAGUGGACAGUGAGGGAGGCGAAGUCCACGGCGGCGCUGAGGCUGAAGCUGGCGGGCGCGCCGGCCGGCGAGCGGGGUGGCGGCCGGCCGGUGCGGCGCAGCGAGUCCUUCCACCAGGUGCUGGCCGGAGACCCCGAGCGCCGGCAGCGGCUGCAGGGCCGCUGCGGCAGCUUCGACGGCCUCUUCUGCGUCACCGACUCGCCGCGCAGCCGGCUGCGCUCGCCGCCCUCCACCGCCGUGGUGCCCACGCUGGCGCGCAACCGCCACCACUCCAAGAGCCUCGACUGCAUCGACGAGGGCUUGCACGCGCUCGUCGACGUGGUCCUCGCGUCGACGGCCGCCACCGCCGACCGGCGCAGCAGCGGCCGCGGCUCCACCACCGACGAGUGGAGCCUCGAGUGGGACAAGAACUACCUGGCGGCGGCCGGCGCCGGCUCGCCCUCGCUGGCAGCGUCGCCGCCCCCGCCGCCCAUCGCCAUCGUGCCCGUGUCGCGCUUCCCGGCCGCCGCAAAGCGCUACCCGCCCGACGGCGCCAGCAAGCCGCCCGUCUACCUGCCCGCCGCCACGCGCAAGAACUCCUUCGACGCGCCCUUCCUGGUGCGCGGCGGGCACGGCAACGCGGGCCUCUACUCGGGCCGGCAGGCGCUCUCCAGGGAAGCCAUCGCCAAGCACAGCGCCAGGGCCCGGAGCGCCUCUUCCGCCGGGGCCACGCCGGGCCGCAAGGUGUCCGUCAGCGUCAAGGUCACCGACCUGCCCUCCGGACUCUACUAGGGCACCUUUCCCCAGCAUACGAAAACACAGACUUCAGCACCACCUGUGCGUCAUUUGUUUCUACACAACACACCAUCAUUUGUUUCUGCAUCUCGAAUUUUGAUUUUCUACCAGUGUGUUGCUGUUUCCCACCUGCCGCGGAGAAUAUGUCUUUUUCCCACAUAAAUCGUGCCCGAGAUAGUCGCCAGCAGGGACAAUCUAUAAGGAUAAGUCAAAAAGUAUCAGUGUUUAUUUAUGCCAGCCACGAUUUUCUUUUAUUUAUUUCUAGUACGACGCGUUUCGGCAAAUGAUUCUAAUUUUCGAGUGCAUUCUUUCGCAUUUAUACGUAACAUUUUCGAUGUGUGGCAUGCUGCAUUAUUCUGUUGUAAUUAGUGAUGGAUAUUUAUAUACAGUUAAUGACGAAUUUGCAAAAGGAAUUUUUUGACUUGCAGUUUGCUUGUAGUUAUUUCAUAAACAAACCUAUUGUUUUUACAGUCACAGACUUUACAACCAUUUGCAGUAGAAAAAACAAAACAAAAUUUAUCUCCACAACAUCUUUAGUUUAUUACAACAACAUUACAAAAUUAGCAAUGGCACAAUUUUCCAACGUAGUCACCCUGCCCUCAGUCCUCUCUUCCACAAGUUUUUUUUUUCAUUAAGGACGGCUUCCUUUACCUCUUCAUCAGAAGUGGGUCUGCAGCCUUUUAAACCAUCUUUAAGUUGGCCACAAAAUGUAAAUAGGGCAGGACGAAAUUAGGCCUGCGUGCAGGAUGCUCCAAGCUUCAAAAUGCAUACUCUGAAGAGUUAGUACGAGCAGCGAUAUGUGGACAUGCAUCAUCGUGCAAAACAAUAACAGUAUUUGACAAUAAAUCUUUGCAUUUGGAUCAAAUUGCUGGCCUCAACUCAUUGCAGAGCAUGUGACUGUAACAUUCACUGUUUACUGUCGAUUCAUUUUCUAGGUACUGUUCCAAUGGACCCAUUCGUGUGUCAAAAAACUAUGAACAUAACUUUUCUAGCAGAAAGUUUACUCCUGAAUUUCUUUUCGGUUGGAGAUCCAUUCCAUCUUCCUGUAUUUGCUGUCGGGUUCAGAGUGUUUACUGCCAGUGGAGAUUCAUUUCAAAAGCAUUUCCAUUUCGUUAGCAUGAUGGUCUAGUAACUGCUGGCACAUUCUUAAAAGGCUGCACUUGGGUUCUUUAUUGAUUUGUUUUUGGAUCUAUUUUGCACAGACUUUAUGCAAGUUGACCCUGUUAUGAAUGAUGUCUCGUACAGAACUGUAACUAAUGUGCAGUUGGUUUUCCACUUCACUGACAGUCAUAUGUAGGUUAUUCAAAACCAGGUCACAGACUUGCUCAAUAUUGACAUUAGUAGUUGAUGUGAAGGGACAUCGUGCACUUUACUUGUUCUUCAUCCUCACAUGGCCACUUCUGAAUUGUUGAAUUCACUUGUAAUCACUUUGCCAAGCCUGUCCUGAAACUGUUCUAGGUUUUUAAGCUCCUGGUAUACUUUCUGAAAAAAAAAUAUUGUGGGACCUUGGCCCUAACUGAUGCAAAUGGAGAGUAGUGCAGCCAUGUUUAUUUUGCAACAGAGCAAAGAAAACUGAUGUGACAAUGUACAAGUAAAGUGAAUGGUGCCAUCUUGUGGCUGGCAACUGCAUUAAGCUGUACCGCUAACCAAAAGACAAUUACAAGGAACGUGCAGAUACUUAAUGACUCACCCUAGUAGAUAUUCAUGUAUUAUCAGACACUGCUAAUUCAAAGCCUGUACAGAUAAUAAGCUGUACCUGAACAAAUUGGAACACUGAAAAUAUGAACCAACAACUACUCAGAAUUAGUUUAAAAGAAAAUGUCUAAAGUGUUGCACUGAAAACAAAAUCAACUUUUGUGUAAAUCAUUUAUUUCCCAAAAUGAAAAAACAGAAAUCCAAAGGACAAAAUUUGAUCCACAGGCAAGCAAAAGCAAAGCUGUCCUCAAAAUGUUUGGCGUAAUUCUGCAAUGCUCUAUUAGGCAUAGUCCUAUUGGAAGUAGUAGAUGCUUGCUGUCCUCUGGCCUCUGGAACUGUCUUAUGCAGUCAGUUACAGGUGACUGUGCAGUUUAAUGUGAUCUGUGAGCCAUGGUGCAACUUGAUAUUUUUUCACAUUAACAAAUGACUUCUGGAGUUGAAAGAAAUUCUAAGAGGCCUGUCACAAUGCUUUGUACAUGUGAAGAAGGAGGCUUGUAUUAUGUGGCAAAAUCCAUAACAAACUGUACAUCCAUAAAUAAGUUAGGUGUAAUGAGACAGUUCCCGUAUCAGUUGAGGUCUAGGGUAUAUUAGCUCCAGCAGGUCACUUCCAACUAUAUCACUGUGGCAUUCAAUCCAGUCUUUGAAUUGGUGACCACUUCUUUUGUACAGAUAAUAAGCUGUACCUGAACAAAUUGGAACACUGAAAAUAUGAACCAACAACUACUCAGAAUUAGUUUAAAAGAAAAUGUCUAAAGUGUUGCACUGAAAACAAAAUCAACUUUUGUGUAAAUCAUUUAUUUCCCAAAAUGAAAAAAACAGAAAAUAUCAUUUUCACCUUCAGAAGGAAUAUGUUUCAACAGGAACUCAGAUAUAGAUUUUUAAGUUAGUAUUUAGUGAUUUGUGCAAUAUAUUUAUAUCCAGCUGUUUGAUGUCUGUAGGACCAGCAAACAGAUGCAUUUAUUCGCAAACAACUGCUUAUCAUCUUCAUUGCAAGUGUGUUAAUAUUGAAUUGUCAUUCCUAUGUUAUUUCCCAUGUACAAAUUUCGUUAUGCCCCUCUGUUCUCUUAUUCUUAUGAGUAAACAACUGAAAAUCACCAUGCACUGAAAUCUAUGCUUUCUGUUGCUAUGUAGCUCCUUCCACAACUUUUGCAUCCUAGGUACUCUAUCACUGUACUUGACUUAUAGUCCAAACUGUUUGCCUGUUUGUAUUUUGAACAUGUGUUCCUGGAAAACCUGCCAAUUUUGCAUGUAUUAUUAUUGCUGCAGUAUCUAUUUGUCAGUUACUGUACUGAUGAAUGUCAUGUCAAUUUUGUGCUCUAUCCUGUAACAGACUAAAGUGAUUCACAGCCAAUAAGUAAUGAUGUGAAGAUCACAUAAUGCUUAAACUUUCUGCCUGGUAUGCCUUUUGAAUUUCCUCUUCCUAGCUUGGUUCACAUAUGUGACUGAGACACCCUUGUUUUUCUCCUAAUGCAGUAUGAAUGUUAAAAUUAUUCUUGAUGAUAAAUAGAGAUUUUAUGGAGCUACAAUAAUAACAGCCACAUUAGCACUAUGGAAGAAUAAGCAAUGUGUAGUCAUUGUCGUAGAUAGGAGAGUUUACAUUUUUUUGAAUGAAGAAGUAAUGUAGACCUACUGCAGUUAAAGCAGAAGAAGAAACCAUUGUUUAUAUAUUUGAUCUGAUGAUUUACAGAAAGAAUCUUCUCUUUCAGAAGAAGAAAUACUGAUUUCCUAACAUUUUAGAAAGUGAAUCGUGCAAUAUAUUUAUACAUUACAUAUAUAGUGUUAAUAGUGAACUGGUGGAAUUUUGUAUAAUUACCACACUUUUUAAUCACUUUUUUGGGGAAUUAUGUUAUUUUGAUGAGAACCUGACCAUGAAGUACAUUAGGCAUCUUUUCAAAGAACCUUCACUCAAGACAUUACCACAAAUAAAAAGAAUCUGUACCUGCUUCUGUCAAGAUAUUUCCAUGACAUUACAUUUUCUGAACAAAAAAUCAGAAAUUUCUGAAAUAAGGAAAAAAUAUUUUUUUGCAUCUUAAAUAAAUGAAACCAUGUAUAAGUACCUGUUGCAUGUAGACUCAUAGCAUCUUUUAAAACACAUGAGACCAUUUUAAGACUCUAUUCUUAUUUUAUACUUUUUAAGUGAUUUUCUGUGAAUUUUCUGCCCUACCAAGUUAAUUAUCCCUUGAUGAUUGUCAGCUUAUUUUCUUAUCCUGUCAUGUGUUCUAUAUUACUUUGCAUAUUUUCUCUAUUUCAUUUGUUCUCUAAAUUUGUUCUGUAAUAUUUCAUUACUACCUAAGUAGUCCUUCAUCUUGUACAUCAGUUGCAAAUUACUCUUUCUCAUAAUUAUGAUAUGAUGACUGACCUGACACCUACAACAUGUUGUUAACAUGGAAAUAGUAUUGUCCUCCUUUCUCUCCGGAGAGAGCCGAAUGGAGUUCCAAAAAAACUGUGAGCAAAUAGUAGUCAUGAAACUGACACUGCAAAGUCCUGCACAAUGAAAUUAAUAACUAUUAGGAAUUGUAAAAAUUGGAAGCAGAAGAAUCUAAAUAAAAAUUCAACUAUAUAUGAAAGUCUCUUCACAAAUAUUCAGUGCACAGUAAAAAUAAAGGAGUGUGUAGGAACAGUUUGUCCAUAUGUAUGUGUCAGAAAAUCGCAGUUGCUUCAUCAUAUAAUACUGAAUGGGUGCUUUUUUCCCUUGUUUUCCAGAAAUGACAUAUUUAGACUGCACUCUCUUUCCUCCUCUUACAAAUUUCUAAGCACAGAAAAAAAUUUUCAUUUCAUGAGUACUUAAUUAUUUUCACAAGUGAAAUAUUUAAAUAAUUCUUCUAACAUAUGAAUAAAAAGUAUUUCUGUUUCUCCUUAAUUUUAUGUGUGACAGCCAUUCUAAUAAUUUGCAUUUAUGAACUACCCAUGUUUCAUUCUAUUAAGAAAGCAUUAUUAUUGAAAAAAGAUGCCAAUUUUAUCAAUAUUUUUUAUAUUUUGUACUGUGUACAAGCUUUACAACAAGUUGAAAAUUUUAUAUAUUUCCUUUAUUUGAUGUGAGACAUUUUUUUCCUUUGUUAAUAUUUGUAUGGCAGUUUUUUGACAGUUUUCCAUUACAGAGUAAUUCUGGCCCAGGAAAGAAUUUUAGUUAAUAUGCUGACCUAUUAUAAGAUACUAAAAUGUAAGCAGGUAAUUAUAACUAUACAAGUAUCAGUUUAAUGGCUUUUGUAAAUUUUUGAAGAGAUGCCAACAUGGUCAGCUGUCUGGGAUCUUCUUUAUCAUUCCAUACUUGAUGCAACUAUAUUAAGAAAUAGCUUAAUGUUUAUACACUGGCACUGCAUGUUUUGCUUCACAACAGAAGCAAAAUUACUGGCAUCUGCUGUUUGAAAUCAAUGAAAUAUUACCACAGCUGAUAUGGUUCUGCAUGUUAUCAGAAUCAUACACAGUCAAAUUUAGAGUUAAGUAACACAUUUGCUUUACUGGUGCAAAUUUAUCUUUCAGACACUGUAAUUAGUAAUUUUUAUUUGUACAUAGUCUAUGAAACAGUGUG